AUGUCCUACGUUGUACCAAUUCACCAUCCCAGUGGCGUCCGUCAUGCUAUCAAGCUGAAUUUCCUGGAUCCCAAUGUCGACACUCUCAUUGUAGCAAAAGCGAAUCGUCUCCAGAUAUACGAGCAGGGACCAGAAGGCCUGUCGCUGUUACACACGAAGACCGUUUACGGCUACAUCACAAUCCUUGAACAGAUCCGACCGGCGUCCUCAAAAACCGAUCACCUCUUUGUUGGCACUGAUCGCUACCAAUAUUUCACCUGCUCAUGGAAUGCCGAGACGAAACAGCUUCAAACCGAGCAGAGUUAUGUCGACUUGGCGGACAAAGUCCUUCGUGACUCCAGAGAGGUGGAUAGAUGCCACAUAGAUCCUACGAAGCGGUUCAUGAUGUUGGAAUUGUAUGACGGGGUCAUAUCAGUUCUCCCUUUCGUCCAACCCUCCAACAAGCGUGUCAAAAAAGAGAACACUUCCAAUACCCAAGCUGGGACGUUAGGGGAACCGGUUCAGGUUCGAAUUGAAGAACUGUUAACGAGCUCAUCGGCCUUCUUGGAAACAGAUCCCGAAUCCAAAGACAAUCCCAAGCUGGCAAUAUUGUGGGUAGACAACUCGGAAAAUCCCCAAUUAAAGCUGCGGGAACUCAAGUAUUACCCUGGGGGUGAACAAGCGACGGCCGACUUUGAGACAGUGGCAGAAUUGGGUGGUGACCAGUUGGACAAGGGAGUGAGCCACCUCAUUCCGGUACCCGCGCCUUAUUCGGGCUUCCUCAUUUUGGGCGACCAUGCCAUCCGCUAUGUCGACUGCGAAUUGACCAAUGUGAUCACCCAACCUCUCAAAGACAACGCGACGAUAUGGACUUGCUGGACCCAGAUUGAUGAUCAACGAUGGCUUCUCGCCGAUGAUUUUGGCAAACUGUUCUUUUUAAUGAUCGACGUCCGCGGAUUCGAAGUGUCGUCUUGGAGGCUUGACCUAGUGGGUGUCGCAUCAAAGGCCGCUUGCUUGGUGUAUCUUGACGACGGCUACGUCUUCAUUGGCUCUCAUUCAGGAGAUUCGCAAGUGGUGCAUAUCGAAGAAGAGGGUGUCCGCAUUGUUCAGACGUUUGCCAAUAUUGCACCAAUCUUGGAUUUCACCAUCAUGGAUCUGGGCCGUGGUGCGGAAGGCGGACAAUCUCUUGAAUUUUCCUCCGGUCAGGCUCGAAUAGUCGCCGCAUCGGGCGCAUGGCAAGAUGGUACCAUUCGCAGCGUGAGGAGUGGCGUUGGUCUCGAAGAACUCGGCACAAUCGGAGAACUGUCCCAUAUCACAGAUCUCUGGGGCUUAAGUUCCACCGGACAGAAUGAUGUGCAUGAUAUACUUCUCGUCUCUUUCGUCACCGAAACACGAAUAUUCAAAUUUGACUCGGAAGCCUCGGUCGAGGAAUUGGACGAGUUUCACCACUUGGAAUUCUCCCAACCGACCUUCUUUGCAGCGAAUCUCCCCGAUCGGAAGCUGGUACAAGUGUACGAAACUGGGCUGAGGAUGACGGAUCUCGAAUCGAGCAUGCUGACUCUCGAGUGGAAACCUCCUGAUGCAGGGGCCAAAAUCACAGCUGCAUGUGCAAAUUCCGCGCAUCUUCUUGUUGUUGAAGGUGGUCACACGCUCCACGUAUUCCAUAUUUCCAACAGCGGCGAUUCCCAGCCUACUAUUUCAAAGACAUUCCUACCCGAUUCACAGAUAUCAAGCGUAACAGUCCUGGGUUCACAAAGCAAUGCGUGCAUUGUAUCAUUCUGGCAAACGGCAUCUGUUGCCAUCAUUGAUCUACAUUCUCUCGAUAUUCUUCAAAGCCAAACCGUCGGUAUGCCUGGAACAGAUAUCCCACGGUCAGUAAUGGUCGCAAACAUACUGCCUGAUGCUCCGCCCAACUUAUUUGUUGCCAUGGCUGAUGGCACGGUCUUGUCCUAUUCGUUCGACACGGCAAAGAAUUCUCUUUCGGGGAUGACCCGAAUGUUGCUUGGAUCAGAACCAGUUUUCUUUAAACAACUUCCCAAAGACAUUGAGUCCGGGUCCCCACUUUCGAAUAUCUUCGCGUCAUGCGAGCAGCCAUCAUUGGUCUACUCCACGGAAGGUCGAAUCAUUUACUCAGCUGUCAAUGCUGAAAGCGGGUCUCGGGUGUGCAGCUUCAACUCUGAAGCAUACCCCGAUGCGAUUGCCAUAGCUACUCUGAAAGAACUCAAGCUUGCCUUGAUCGGCAAAGAGCGGACAACCCAAUUGCAGACCUUACCGAUCCAUGAGACAGUGCGCUGUCUGACCUACGCAUCGACGGCAAAGAUGUUCGCCAUGGGUUGUAUUCGUCGGAUCAUGGAAAGCGGUGUCGAAGCGUUACUGAGCUCUGUCAAGAUCGCAGACGAAGUUAGCUUCAAAGAACUGGAUUCGGUGGAACUCCUGGACAGAGAGCUUGUGGAAUGCAUCGUAUCGACCGGCCCUUUCGACACAGAUGACGAAUCUCAAGGCUACGGCGAAAUGUUUGUGGUCGGAACGAGCGUUUUUGAAGAGGAUGGAACCGGGGAUGAUAUUGUGAAAGGCCGAAUACUGGUCUUUGAAGUCAAUAAGGAGAAGAAACUCAAAGAGGUGACGUCACUCGCGGUCAAGGGUGCUUGUCGAAGUUUGGCGAUGUGUGAUGGCAAGAUCGUGGCCGGCUUGGUGAAAACAGUCGUUCUCUACGGAUUGAAACCGUCCACAAGAUCCAGCCAUUCUCUUGAACUCACCAAGCUCGCGACGUAUCGCACAUCGACAAACCCUCUUUCACUCGCCGUGACGCCCGCCACCUCCGAAGCGCCGGCUUUCAUCGCCGUCGCCGAUUUGAUGAAAUCUCUUUCCGUUCUCCACGUUGUUCCCCCCAAUUCCUCCUAUCCAGAAUACCAAUUGCGCGAGACAUCCCGACAUUUUGCCACACUGUGGUCCUCUGCCACCUCGGCGAUCAUGGAAAAUGAAUGGGUUGUCGCCGACAUGGAGGGGAACCUUAUCAUGCUCCGCCAGAAUGCUCCCGACACCGCUAACGAGGACUAUCGUCUGCGGUUAGAGGUGAUAGGAGAGUUUCGCCUUGGUGAGGUCGUGAACAAAAUCGUUCCUCUGUCAGCCACUCCUGGCUCUUCGCCGCAGACCAGGCAAGCGCAGAAGAUGAUCGACACCGUCAUGAGCGGGGGGUCGGACGAUGACAUGCACAACAACGGAAAGAGAUUCCUUCCACCAAAACUCCCACGCGUCGGUCCACUAGUCACGCCUCGGGCGUUCCUAGCUACGAUUGAAGGGGCCAUCUACAUGCUCGCCACCAUCAAUCCGGCAUAUGUCAAUGUACUCCUGCUUUUGCAGUCGGCGCUGGCCUCAAGAGUCCAGGCGCCCGGAUAUAUGCCAUGGACGAAGUUCCGAGCCUGGAAGACGGAAGUGUUGGAGAAGGACGAACCUUUCCGCGUCGUGGAUGGUGAGAUGGUCGAGCAGGGAUUAUUGGCUUUAGAUGAUAAGGAGUUAGAGGUAGUGUUGAAGGAGGGUGGUUUGAUGGAGGAAGCAUUGAAUGUCACAGUCGAGGAAGUGAGGGCUUGGGGGGAGGAAUUGAGACGUUUAUAUUAG